AUGCCUGUUGAAGUAGGAAGGGAUUCUGUUGGUUUUAAAUGGUGUGUCAGGGAAUGGGAAAAGGAGAGGCCGGAACUGUUUAGUAGUGUUGCUGAGGUGCUCGUGGAUCCUUUAACUAAACGCUGGAGGUCGAGGAGUGCGGGGACCGCACUGCCAGCCUCAGAGUCUCCGGGUGGAGAUUUGGGAUUUGUCGAUCCUUUAGGUGCGGUAAUUGAUGAAGAUAAGGAUUUAAGCACUAGCAGAGUAGAGGAUGAGACAAUGUCGAGUAAGUCGGAGAAAAGUUCGGUUUUAGUGAAUACAUUGGCUAUGGACAACGACGAAUACUUAGUGGAUGAAACGGUUCGCUCAGAUGGUUUUGAGCCUUGGUCCUUGAAAAGGAAAACGAUACUUGAAACAUUUGAAGCCUCUGAAAAGUUGACUAUUAAAACCAGUGUUCUUCCCAGUGGAAUACCGUUUGAAACUCAAGUUUCGAUGUUAAACCGGCAGUUCCAAAGGAUGCAGCAGUUCGAAGAUAAAUCGGGGCAGAAGAAGUAUGCAGAUCUUUCUCAGCAGGAACACAUUCGUGUAUUGAACGAUUUAAGGCAUAAGCUACUCAUUGCGUGGUCAUGCGAGAAGCGAGUUGAAGCCUUAACGAUCUUGACUGAUAUUGCUCGGAUUCUCGCCUCUACGUCAUCUCCUCAGUUUUAUCCUAGCCAAUUUGUUCUUGUAACUGACAUUCUUGACGUUUUCGGCCAACUUGUCUAUAACCGUUUAUUAUCAAAAGCGAAUGAAAAGUUAAAAGAUCUUGGAUUGGCUGAACUAUCAGAUGGCUUCUCUCUGAAAGAUAUCCCGGAGGCAGUUCAGGAAGUGGCAAAAAAUUGGCUCUGUAAAGUCGGGACUAUCACUGAACUUUUACCUAGGGUAUACGUUGAGUCAUCUGUCAUCGGUUGUAUGCAGUUUUUUGAUCCUGAAGCGUUAUCUAAAAAUUUUCAACGACUGUGUGGAAUGACGAACCAUAUUCAGCAGCCUCUUGUAGCUACCUAUGCGCGUGCCUAUAUCUGUCGUAUUGCCAUGAGGAUAGCACCAAACGAUUCAACUCCUCACUGGAAAUGCUUGAAUGAUUGGAUCAAUUUGUCUUCCACUGCGCUUCAAGUGUCGUCUGGUGCGCUGCAGGCAUCAAUUUUGACACCUGCUCUUGAAUGGAUUAUUCAAUGCGCGUCGUAUCGUACGGUUUCAUGUGAGGAAAUGCUUCCAGUUUGGAACUUCUGCCGACUUUCAGAAAAACGAACUUUGCUUUUAAAGCCAUUUUUAUCAUCUGUCGCCAUUACUUAUCUUUGCAAUCAUGCAACAGAGUUUUGUGAGCUGGUUUUGCAAGGCGACGAAUUGUUAGUAGAGGAAGUAAAAAUAUUUGGCCAAAGACUAAUGAAGGGGGAAACACCAGAAGGUGCUAAAAGGACUUUGUUGAGAGCUCUUUGGCAGCGGAUUAUCAAGCUUACGAACAUUAAAGAUUUUUUGGAAUGCAGUGUGGUAUGGGUUGGAUUUGCUGCUGCUUCUUUUUCACUAAGCACAGUUGAUGUUAUGAUUGAGGGUUUCAAAAAAAAGCUCUCCGAAAGCAAGCAAUGUCGUCAACAUAGUGAAUACGUGACACAAUUAGUUGGGCUUGUCGUCGCUAACAGAAAAGACAUUAUUGAACUUCUUUCUUCAGACCACUUCAUUAAACUGCUUGAUUUUGUUCUUGAAGGGAGUGACAGGGCAAGGUGCUCAAAAAUGAUUUUAAAAGCAUUUGUCAAUGAGCAUCCUAUAUCGUCUUGCGAGAAUUUCAAUGUUGCUUAUCAGGUUCUCCUUCUGUGCAAGCAACUUCAGGAUUCUCUUUUCGCUGAAGCCGAUAAAAAUCGCGCUAUCUUUACAUCAAAUCUUAUUAAAAGGUCUCUAGACCGUUUAUUCCUUGAUAAAGAACCAGAAAGAGCUUUAAAUUUUUACGUUGAUGUCCGCUCUGCUUUGUCAAACAAUGACGAUGUCAUCGCUUAUUUGGUGACGCGAAUAUGCAGUCUUGGUAGUAGUUUGACUCAAGUGGGAAAAAUAUCUCGAACAGGAACUUUAUUUUUGCGCGCUUGCAUAGCGAGCGCUUUUAUCACAAUAGCAUCCAUAAUCGAUUCCGUACAGCGGCUUUACCUUUAUCUACAGUGUGGCUUUUUUGGACUUAUGGCUAACGCCUUGCCUCAAGUUGAUGCAAUUGUGAAGUGUUGUAUUGAGCUUUUAGCGGAAAGUGUUAAAAUUAGUCCUGAACAGUUUUAUUCUGCAUCAUCAUGCUUUCUUGCUUUUUUGGUUUUGGUCCCUGAUUCGCCAUCUAAGGUGCCACUGUACGCUUUCAACGCAUUUUUUAAUGCUAUAAGCCGAUAUGACUGGGAUGGCCAUUAUUUGGAACACGGGCGAUUAUUAUUACAAUGUCUAAAUUACCUCUCUACAAUGAGGCUGCCUGUGUUGCCAUACCACAUUGGAACUGUGCAGUCUAAUGAUUCUAUUCAUGGAGGUAGUCAAGAGUUUCUUAGUGUUAUCUCUGAAAAAGAGAAAAUAAUAGUUGCAAAAUUGGAGGAGCUUUUACAAACUGCUGGAAGUCAUGUUAAAAUGGUGUCAAUGGAGUUAUUGGAGCUUAUAGUGAGUAUCGCAGCUGCAGAUACACUCACACCAACUAUUUGCCAACUUUGGCGGAACGUUGCCGGCAGAAGCAGUUUGUCGCGUAGGAAAGCUGUUGUUUACAGUGGUUUGGAAAGAUGCGUUUUUGAGGAGAAAGUGUUAAAGCGUUUGCUAAGUGCACUUGAUAUCUUAGAGCAAAAGGCGGAAAACAUCUCAAAGUAG